AUGUCGACAAUCACACAAACGAUCCUGAAUACCGAUGAAAUCACUUUCAAGACGAAGAAAGUCACAUUUCAUGAUCUUCCAACACCAGAAGAGCCCGAUAUCCCCCUUCCUCCUCCAUCAUUCAACCCGACCGAGAUCCUAGAACUCGAUAAAGGCACUCCCGAUAACCAUGUCCCUCGCGAUCCAAGACUCAUUCGUUUAACGGGUGUACACCCUUUUAACGUGGAGGCACCCCUUACGGCCCUAUAUAAUGAAGGCUUUCUCACAUCCCCGGAACUAUUUUACGUUCGGAAUCAUGGACCAGUACCUCAAGUUCGAGAUGAAGAUAUUCCUAAUUGGGAGAUUAGUAUAGAAGGACUAGUGGAAAAUCCCAUCACCCUAACUUUUCGAGACAUACUACAAAAUUAUGACCAAAUCACUGCCCCGAUUACACUCGUUUGUGCUGGAAACAGACGAAAAGAACAAAAUACUGUGAGAAAAUCAAAGGGUUUCUCAUGGGGUCCGGCUGGACUCUCUACCGCGUUAUGGACAGGUCCUAUGAUGGCAGAUAUCCUACGAACUGCAAAGCCAACGCGACGAGCUAAGUAUGUAUGCAUGGAAGGUGCUGAUAAAUUGCCUAAUGGAUACUAUGGAACAUCGGUUAAAUUGAACUGGGCUAUGGAUUUUAACAGAGGAAUCAUGCUUGCUCACAAGAUGAAUGGCGAAGAUCUGCGUCCUGAUCAUGGACGUCCCUUGAGAGCUGUGGUGCCUGGGCAAAUCGGUGGACGAAGUGUUAAGUGGAUUAAGAAACUUAUCGUCACUGAUGCGCCGAGUGAUAACUGGUACCAUAUCUAUGAUAAUCGGGUUUUACCUACUAUGGUCACGCCUGAGAUGGCUACCGAGGACAAGAAAUGGUGGACUGACGAGCGGUACGCCAUCUAUGAUCUCAAUGUCAAUUCCGUGGCAGCCUAUCCUGAGCAUGAGGAAGAACUGGACCUCACCACGGCUGGACCGACGUACACGGCGAGGGGUUAUGCGUACGGAGGAGGUGGUCGAAGAAUCACAAGAGUCGAUAUAUCUCUUGAUAAAGGGAAAUCGUGGCGACUUGCCGAUAUUGAAUAUGCCGAAGACAAAUACCGGGACUUCGAAGGCGAGCUAUUUGGCGGCAAGGUCGACAUGUGGAAGCGAGAGACCUGUUUCUGCUGGUCAUUCUGGUCACUCAAGAUCCCUGUCUCCGACCUGGAGAAUAGUAGUGCAUUGCUUGUUCGGGCCAUGGAUGAAGGGAUGAUGGCCCAGCCCCGCGAUAUGUACUGGUCAGUCCUGGGUAUGAUGAACAAUCCCUGGUUCCGAGUGACCAUCACAAAGGAAGGGAAUCGUCUGAAAUUUGAGCAUCCAACCCACCCAGCCAGGGCUGGCGGUUGGAUGGAGAAGGCUAAAAAGGCUGGCGGUGAUUUGACCAAUGGUAACUGGGGCGAGAGGAUCGAGGGAGAAGCUCCUGUCGAAACAGAGCCCGUGAAGGAGAUCGAUAUGAAGAAGGAGGGAGUGAACCGCCAGAUUGAUCUGGCUGAAUUGAAAGCAAACAGCAGUCUUGAAAAGCCUUGGUUCGUGGUGAACGGCGAGGUUUACGAUGGAACAGGAUUUUUGGAGGGCCAUCCUGGAGGUGCAAUUAGUAUCACAUCAUCAGCUGGACUGGAUGUUUCAGAAGACUUCCUUGCUAUUCACAGUGAAACUGCCAAAAAGAUGAUGCCUGACUACCAUCUCGGCACAUUGGACAAAGCCUCUCUUGAAGCUCUGAAUAGCAAAUCCGCAGAAGGCCCAAGUGAGCCACGCGCAACAUUCCUUCAAUCACGCUCAUGGUCAAAGAUGAUACUUUCCGAGGUGAAGAAUGUAUCAUGGGACACCCGGAUCUUCGUCUUCGACCUCGAACACGGAAAGCAGACUCUCGGUCUACCAAUCGGUCAACAUCUAAUGAUCAAGGUCCCAGACCCAGUCAACAAGGAAUCCAUCAUCCGAUCCUACACGCCUAUAUCAGACACAAACAUCGAGGGAAAGAUGGAAUUGCUAGUCAAGAUCUACUUCCCCAGCGCAACCAUUCCGGGUGGCAAGAUGACCAUGGCGCUCGAUGCUCUCAAAUUGGGAGCAGGUAUCGACUGCAAGGGACCAACAGGUCGCUUCGAGUACCUCGGAAACGGUCGACUCAUCGUUAGUGGUAAAGAGCGAAAGGUCAAGUCAUUUACUAUGAUCUGUGGUGGAACUGGUAUUACACCUAUCUUUCAAGUUCUGCGCGCUGUUAUGCAAGAUCCCAAUGACCCGACUACCUGUGUUGUUCUUAAUGGAAACAGAUUGGAAGAAGAUAUCCUUUGUCGGGCUGAGCUUGAUGCCUAUGUCGCGCUUGAUAGCCGGAAAUGUACGGUUGUACAUACCUUGUCAAAGGCCUCGGACAGUUGGGUUGGUCGUCGUGGACGAAUCUCUGAGGAUUUGAUCAAGGAGUACGCGCCGGCUGUGGGUGAAAGCAUGGCUAUUCUCUGUGGACCGGAGGCUUUGGAGAAGUCUGCUAAAAAGGUUCUCCUUGAUCAAGGCUGGGCAGAGUCAGAUCUUCACUUCUUCUAA